AUGCGCAUUUCUUGUUUCAUUUUCAGCUGCACGCUCCCGGUAACCGCUACUGGCGCUUCUAAUAACUAUGUCCUCAAUACCAGGUGGUGAAGAUAUACAACCAAUUCUGUUGCCAUAAAUGCUGUAUAAAAAAACAACACUAUAUGAAAUAGAUUGAUGGAUUUGCAAAGUAAUUCAUGUACGACAUAAAUUACGUCCGUAAUGGUGUUCCAUCUAUUUUGUAACUCCCGGAAGUUUCGUCAUUGUCAACCAUAAUACAGACGAGGAGUAAACACCUUUCUUACAUAAAAAUUGUGCCGAAUGUGUGUUUAAAAUCAAGCUGACAGUUUACCUAGAUUUGUUGUACUCCUGAACGUCAACAGUUAUGCCGGUGAUCUUAUUAGAAAGGAUCCCCCUCCCGAGUUUACAGACCUAUACGUCUGUGUCUGUUCUGGUCUUGUCAGUGGCGUUGUACUAUGCGUAUCAUACAGUUACCAAUUUUGAUAUGAACACAGUAAGUAUGGUGGAUUUUGAUGAUGGAGUAACAGUGGAACCAGUGAUAGACGGUGAAGUACCGACAUAUUACCAGGAGGAAGUCAAUCUAACCCUCCCUUAUGACAGUGUAGGAUGGAACAUGUUUCAUAUAUUGACCGCUGAAGUGUGGAGUGUCUGGAUUUUGGUCAACUCGGCAUACUGUUGUUUAAUUCUCCUUGGAAAAUUAAUACAGAAACUGGUGUUUGGAGACCUCAGGGUCGCAGAGGAACAGCACUUGAAGGACAAAUUUUGGAACUUCCUGUUCUAUAAGUUUAUCUUCAUCUUCGGGGUGAUGAACGUGCAGACUCUGGAGGAGGUUGUAUCGUGGGUCGCGUGGUUUACCAUCCUCGGCUUCUUAACCCUCCUCACUCAGAUCUCCAAGGACAGAUUCGAAUAUCUCUCCUUCUCCCCUAUAGCUGCCCGAGGGGUCCACAUCAAACUACUCAGCCUGUUGUGUGUAAUCUUACUGUGUAGCUUUGCCUUGUUGUUCCUCAGUGGGUAUGUUGGGCUGCAGGCUGGGCCAACCAUUUUUGCCUUCCUGGCUGCGGAGUGCCUUCUAUUGGGUAUCAGGGCUCUAUAUGUUGUAGUUAGGUAUGUGAUCCAUCUGUUGGACAUGACUGUCACCAGUGUCUGGGAAAACAAGUCUAUCUAUAUCUACUACACAGAACUAGGGUUCGAACUUUCUGCUUUAGCUGUUGAUUUUACACACCAUCUUCACAUGUUGCUUUGGGGCAACAUUUUCCUGAGCAUGGCCAGUCUUGUUAUUUGUAUGCAGCUGAGAUACUUAUUCUAUGAAUUCAAAAGAAGAAUUAAUCGCCAUAAGAAUUACAGAAAAGUGGUUCAAAAUAUGGAAGCUAGAUUUCCAAUGGCAACAAAAGAAGAACUGCAAGUUCACAAUGAUAAUUGUGCAGUGUGCUGGGAGAGAAUGGAGUCUUCCAGAAAACUGCCCUGCGGACACCUGUUUCAUAAUGCCUGUCUGAGAUCAUGGUUGGAGCAAGACACCUCCUGUCCUACCUGUAGAUUAUCUCUGAGUGAGGGAACACAAGUGGACCCCAACAAUGAAGUUCCGGAGGAGCACGGUGCCACCCCACCCCCACCUCCUCAGCAACAGCUGCAGAAUCACUUUACUAACCACUUCUUUCAUUUUGAUGGGUCACGUUAUGUUAGCUGGUUCCCCAGUUUCUCUGUGGAAGUGACACACACCCAGCUGUUACCAGGGGGAAGACAGAGACCAGUUCAUACCUCUCAGCUGGACAGCAUGGCACGGCAGGUACAGUCUGUUUUCCCUCACAUACCUAUGAGUGUUAUCACUGAAGACUUAAGGAAUACAAGAUCUGUGGAUUUCACCAUUGAAAACGUUCUAGAGGGCAGAGUUCAGGUGCCUCCGCCUGGUUUAGCUACAAUGGCUGCCCUGACAGACUCUGAGGAAGGUAGUGAUGACAAUGAUGCACAACCCAGUACUUCACAACCAUCCAGUGGAGCCCUACAGCUGGCCAGGACCAGUGAGGGGACCGAGGAGGUUAGCAGUAUAAUGGACGACAAUGUUCCAUUCCUAAUGGAAACAAAGCCAAGUGAUGAAACUCAUUUCAGAACGGGAGGAAGAUUUUCAAAGUCUACCACAGAGAGGGAGACCAUGCUACAGAGUAGAAAAGAACAGAUGUUACAGAAUGCUAGAAAAAAAUAUUUAAGUCGGCAGACAAAUUCCCAAAUGGAGGCAGCAUCUCAAAGUGAUGAAUUAUCAGGGACUCUAGAGAAUAGUACUCAGUCCGACUUACAGAAGAGGCGGGAACUCUCAUUUCAAGCGGCACAGAGGCGGUUCACCAGUUCAUAACAAAACAGGGCAGUCAGCAUCUUGAUCUGUAUUUGAUGAACCCAAGAGUUUGUUUUUGGGCAUGAACAUUUCAUUUGUGUAUUACUUCAUAUGUGGUGCUUUUGAAAGGUUUGUUGGUUUAUGUUCAUCAUGUAAUACAUUGUAUAUAACUUACACAACUCACAAUACCUCUGAUAAGGAAAUGUUUGUGUUCUGUCAUCAUUGUUAAGCACUAGUUUGUACAUCCGCAAAUCAUUCCAGUGUUCAUAUUACAAAUAAAAAAUAUCGGAUAGUUCAUACUUUAUCAUGUUUCAUCAGGCUCUGUUAUGUUCAGAAAAUCUGUGUAUUUUAUAACCAAGCAAAGUUUGUACUAAACACAGCAGCCAUGAAUGGUUUCGAAGGUGGAGUCAAAAUUUUAUUUUAUCCUGUUGGUCAGAUGUCAGAUAGAAAUUAUAAAAAUCAUGUUUUGAUCAAUAAUACUGUAAUGUACAUACGUGUUGCAUUUUUUAAGCUCAUCAAUACAUGCAUGUUAAUCAUCAGAUUCAGUUUUAUUACAUAAUACUACGAAACACAUUUUAUAUGAACAAUAUGUUUAAAAGAUCAGCAUUUAAUUAUACUAAAAUUGUUUAGAUAAAUUGUUUUUUAUCAUCUCAUUGUUAAGUGCACUGUUACUGCAGUAUAUUUUCAAAUAGUUUGAUUGUGUAUAGUACAUGUAUAGUGUCAUGAAAAGGAAAAACCCCGAGAAUGGAAUAAAGUUAUAUCAAAUUAAA